AUGUCCAACCCCAAAACCCAACUGGGCCUCUCCCACUGGGAGAGCACAGACACCGAAACUGACAAGCCAUGGCAAUGCUCGGUGGAGGCCGCCAAGGCCGCAAACGCCAGGGAGCACGCGAUGUCCGUCACGCAGGCACUGAAGCUCUUCCCGUGGGCCGUCGUGUGGUCGCUCGUCCCCUCCAUCGCCAUCGUCAUGGAGGGCUACGACACCAUCCUCAUCACCAGUUUCUUCGGCUACCCGGCCUUCCGGACGCAGUUCGGCGAAGAACACCCCGGCAAGGGAUAUCAGGUCGCCGGAUCCUGGCAGUCAGCCCUCGGAGCGGCAGGGAACCUGGGGUGUAUGAUCGGCGCACUGAUCAAUGGCUAUCUAAUCGAGCGGUGGGGCUUCAAGCGGGUCUUUCUGCUGGCCCAGGUGCUGAUGGGGGCUUUCAUCUUCAUUCCGUUUUUCGGCGACACUGCCGGAGUGCAAGUGGCGGGGCAGAUUCUUUGUGGACUCCCGUGGGGCAUCUUUGCGACCCUUGGGCCGGCGUACAGUUCGGAGCUGUGUCCGAUGGUGCUGCGGCCGUAUCUGACGGCCUUCGUGAACGUGUCGUUCGUCAUCGGCCAGCUGAUCAGCGCCGGCGUGCUGCAGGGGCUGAUCGAUCUCCACAGCCAAUGGUCGUAUCGCAUCCCCUUUGCCCUGCAGUGGGUGUGGCCGGUCCCGUUGUUCGUCUGCGGCUGCUUCAUGCCCGAAUCCCCGUGGUGGCACGUCCGGCGGGGCCAGUAUGAUGCCGCCGUGCAGAUCGUCAACCGGCUCCUGGCCGACCCCGACCCCGAAACCGCUCACCAGACCGUUGCGCUGAUGGUGUACACCAACCACUUGGAAAAAGAGAUCAAGGAAGGGUCCUACCUGGACUGCUUCCGCGGGCCCAACGCCCGGCGCACGGAGAUCGCCUGCAUGGCGCUGGCCGGCCAGGUGUUCACCGGGCUGGUCUUUGCGUACUCGCCGACCUACUUCUUCGAGCAGGCGGGCAUGAGCGACGACGAGUCGUACAAGCUCGGCCUCGGCGGCGCGGGGCUGGCCUUCGUGGGCACGACGGCGUCGGGUCUCGCCAUGCAUUUCUUCGGACGGCGCACGAUGUAUGUGGGCGGCAUGGGGCUGAUGAGCGUCUAUCUUCUGGUGAUCGGAUGCCUGACGCCGGCAACGACCAGCAGCAGCCCGGCGGCGGCGGCGCUCUGGACCCAGUCCGUCCUCUGCAUCGUCUGGAUUUUCACCUUCUCGAUGACGGUGGGCCCGAUCGCGUGGGUGAUCCCGCCCGAGGUCUCGUCCACGCGGCUGCGGUCGAAGACGGUGGUCCUGGCCCGGAAUUCUUAUUACAUUGCGUGCGUGGUGGCCAAUGGGCUGGAGCCGUCGAUGGUGAACCCCACGGCCUGGAAUUGGCGGGGAUACACGGGGUUCUUCUGGUUUGGAACGGCUUUCUUGACGUUUCUGUGGAGUUACUUCCGGCUGCCGGAGACCAAGGGACGGACCUAUGAGGAAUUGGACGUCAUGUUUGCCCGAGAAGUGCCGACGCGGCAGUUUGGGCAAUAUGAAGUGGAUGCGUAUGAGGGGGAGGAUUCCGGGGGUGGUGUUGCUUAG